CCUGAUACUAAAACAUGCUCACGAAUACAAAACAUUCCACCCAAACAAAUCAUAUAAAAUACAAAAACAAUUUGACUUUGAAAGCCCAAGUGUGCUUGCUACUUUCUCAUCAAUCAAACAAAAAAAGAUCAAAUCAUAUUUCUGACAAAAUCGUAGCUUUGUUUAAUGGGUGUUCUCUCCAAUCUUCGAGGAUCUAAAAUUGGAUCGACCCAUGAAGAAUUGCCUGUAGCAAAUGGCUCUUCUUCCUCUUUCAGGCGUAAAGUGUCGAGCUUUUUGCCUAUCUUUGUGGCUCUCGUUGUCAUCAUCGAGAUCGGGUUUCUGUGUCGGCUCGAUGACGCUACUUUGGUCGAUACAUUGACCGGUUUUUUCACCAAGUCGUCGUCCGAUUUGAAGGUUGGGUCGGGAAUGGAGAAAUGCAUAGAGUGGUUGGAGAGAGUGGAUUCAGUGACUUAUUCUAGAGAUUUCAGUAAAGAUCCCAUCUUUAUCUCUGGUGGUGAUAAGGAGUUCCAAUCGUGUUCUGUUCAUUGUACAAUGGGAUUCACUUCAGAUAAGAAACCCGAUGCGGCUUUUGGAUUAGGUCAUCAACCUGGAACACUCAGUAUAAUCCGUUCCAUGGAAUCAGCACAGUACUACCAACAGAACGAUCUUUCUCAUGCACGACGGAGGGGUUAUAAUAUUGUGAUGACAACUAGUCUUUCUUCAGAUGUUCCUGUUGGGUAUUUCUCAUGGGCAGAAUAUGAUAUUAUGGCUCCAGUGCAACCAAAGACCGAGAAAGCUCUUGCGGCAGCUUUUAUUUCCAAUUGUGCGGCUCGGAAUUUCAGGAUUCAAGCUCUUGAAGCUUUAAUGGCGGCGAAUGUUAAGAUUGAUUCUUAUGGUGGUUGUCACCGGAACCGAGAUGGGAGAGUGGAGAAGGUUGAGGCUCUUAAGCACUACAGAUUCAGUCUAGCUUUUGAGAACACCAACGAGGAGGAUUAUGUCACAGAGAAGUUCUUCCAAUCUCUAGUCGCUGGAUCUGUCCCUGUGGUUGUUGGAGCUCCAAAUAUAAAAGAAUUUGCACCUUCUCCAGAGUCAUUCCUUCACAUAAAGCAGAUUGAUGAUGUCAACUCAGUUGCAAAGAGAAUGAAGUAUCUUGUGGAAAACCCUGAUGCCUACAAUCAGACACUAAGAUGGAAACACGAAGGCCCUUCGGAUUCUUUUAAGGCACUAGUUGAUAUGGCUGCUGUCCACUCUUCUUGCCGUCUCUGCAUAUUCGUGGCUACAAAGAUCCGGGAGCAAGAAGAGAAGAGCCCUGAGUUUAAGAGACGACCUUGCAAAUGCACUAGAGGCUCAGAGACAGUUUACCAUUUGUAUGUUAGAGAAAGAGGCCGGUUCGAUAUGGAAUCAAUCUUCUUAAAGGAUGGGAAUCUGACUUUGAAAGCCCUGAAAUCUGCAAUUCUCGCAAAGUUCAAGUCUCAGGGACAUGAGCCAAUAUGGAAGAAGGAGAGACCAGCGAGCAUAAGAGGAGACAGUGAGCUUAGAGUACACGGGAUAUACCCGCUUGGUUUGACUCAAAGACAAGCCCUUUACAACUUCAAAUUCGAAGGAAACUCAAGUCUCAAUACUCACAUACAGAGAAACCCUUGUGCCAAGUUUGAAGUUGUCUUCGUCUAAACUAUUAUAAAUUUAUAACUCAUGCCCCAGUUUAGAAGAGAACCAAAGUUUAUUUUCAUAAUUUGUGAAACCAGCUUUAAAUGUAGUUUGUCUCAGGCUGAUUUAGGGAAUGUGUACAUAUAAAAAUAAAACAGUUUUUGCUUUGUCUUA